UUGGACCAUCCGCCUCCUCAAACCCUCAUCCAAAUUCCCUUAUCCUCUCCCCUCUUCUCUAAACCUUCUUCUUUGUCUCCUCUCUAUUUCUACCUCUCCUUCACCAUAUCAAUGUAUUCUACACCCAACCCAGUAAUGAAUUCUUUAUCUAUGGCCAAAAAUGGCUGCCUCACCUCCCUCUCCCUUCCCUCAUCUCUUUUCCCCGCUGCAAAAUCCCAUUUCUCCCUCGCUUGCAGGCCCAUAAAGCUCCACCUUUCUUGCUCCUUCUCUUCAUCCUCACUCCCCUUCGUAUUCUCCCUCAGGGCCAAGAACACCCAACCCCAUUUCCCAUCUCUGCUCUCCGUCGUAGCUGCGCAGCAAGAAGGGGAUAGCACCAUAGUUGUUGAUGAGCAAGACCAAGGCGAGGGGGAUGUUAGCGAAGCUUUCAAUUGGGGGGAUGAAGGCGAGGAUGAAGGGCUCCUGGAGGUUAUUGGAGAUGCUGGGGAGAGUGAUGAUGCCUUUGGGGAAGACGACGAGGGCGGCGAGUUCCAAGAACCCCCCGAGGAUGCCAAGCUGUUCGUUGGGAACUUGCCUUAUGAUGUCGAUCAUGAGGGCCUGGCUCGGCUUUUCCAGCAGGCUGGGACUGUUGAGAUUGCUGAGGUUAUUUACAACAGGGAUACUGACCGGAGCCGCGGAUUUGGGUUUGUAACUAUGAAUACUGUGGAAGAAGCUGACAAAGCUGUUGAGAUGUUCAACCGUUAUGACCUUAAUGGAAGACUCCUGAACGUGAACAAGGCUGCCCCAAGAGGAUCGCGGCCGGAACGUCCACCUCCCCAGUCAUUUGAAUCUUCUUGCAGAAUUUAUGUCGGUAAUAUUCCAUGGAAUGUGGACGAUGCACGCCUUGAGCAAGUUUUCAGUGAACACGGCAAAGUUGUAAAUGCGCGGGUAGUUUGUGACAGAGAGACUGGCAGAUCACGGGGCUUUGGCUUUGUGACAAUGUCAAACGAAGCGGAAAUGAACGAUGCCAUCGCGGAUCUUGAUGGGCAGAAUUUGGACGGGAGGGCGAUCAGGGUGAGUGUGGCUGAGGGAAGACCAAGGCGCAACUUUUAGAUGUUAAUUUAAUUUAAUUAUGAAUUGUGAUAGCAGUUCCCAUUUUUGUCAGUUUUUCGAGUGGUUAAGAUAUUGUGUAGGAUUAACAUUUUCUGCUUAAGCACAUUCUAAGUUCUGAUUGUACACUUUUAUUUGUCAUGCACUCCACUUUUUAUAUACUAAUCUGCAGGGUAUCAGAAGCUUUGCUUGCACUCA